UAAACAACAACAACGAAAACAAGAAGACACUUGCUCCUCCUAAUCUUAGGCGAGCAAAUCCUGUGACUCCGCUAGUUGGCCACCAGAAGGAGCAGUGAAACCACGCUUCCUUUUUCCGCUCCUGGCUUUGCAGCUUUUGAAAUAGCUUCACGUGAUGGCUUGUCGUGUGACCAUGCAGCAGGCUCAAUAUGGCGGCCUCCAUAGAGCGCCUAGUGUAUAGAGUAGGCGAGGGGCAGCGAACGACUGCUUUGGUCGUUUUUUCUAUGGUGCUGCUCCGCUGCCUUCUGGGAGUUCAGGGUCACGCCGUAGCUUGGAAUUCAUUGAACGAUGACCUAUUACCACCGUAUCUUCCACCUCAACAUGGUCCGCGGCAUCACCAUCGGUACGUUCGGGACUGUCAAGCUCUCCGACACGGCAACACAACACAUGAGUCCUGGCCUAGCAAUAACAGCACUGUCUCUCCACUGACCGUCACAAGCAUCUUCAUCUCUGACAUCCCUCCAAAGGGUCAGAAUAGUCGACAUGUCUAUGGCCAUCUCACUACAGUGAGGGACCCCCUGAGGACGUUCUCUGUGCUGGAGCCUGGUGGGCCAGGGGGCUGCCGUAAACGCAGCCGAGCAACGGUGGAAGAGACUGCCAGGCAUGGCAAGUGCCUUGUGGCCCAGAACGGAGGGUACUUCAACACGAAAACCGGAGAGUGCCUUGGGAAUGUUGUGAGCGAUGGGCAUCUCAUCCAGUCCUCCGGAGGGAUUCAGAAUGCUCAUUUUGGCAUCCGGAAGGAUGGCACUCUGGUCUUUGGCUACCUCUCUGAGGAGGAUGUGUUGGCUAAAGACAACCCCUUUGUGCAGCUUGUGAGUGGGGUGGGUUGGCUCUUGCGAGAUGGGGAGGUCUACGUGAAUCAGAGUCGGGCGGUGGAAUGUGACGAGACGCAGGAAACAGGUACGUUUGACAAGUUCAUCAAUACUGUGUCCGCCAGGACAGCCGUGGGGCAUGACAGGCAAGGACAGCUGGUGUUGGCGCACUUUGAUGGGCAGACACAUACAAGGGGCCUCAGCCUUUGGGAUAUGGCUGAUUUCCUGAAGCAGCAAGGCAUCGUCAAUGCCAUCAACUUGGACGGCGGAGGGUCUGCAACCCUGGUCUUGAAUGGAACGCUUGCUAGUUACCCUUCAGAUCACUGCGAACCUUACCCCAUGUGGCGCUGCCCUCGGCAGGUUUCGACUAUCCUGUGUGUCCACGAACCUGCCUGCCAGCCUCCGGACUGCAGUGGGCAUGGGCACUGCGUCCUUGGGGAAUGUCAGUGCGAUGGAGCUCUCUGGAGAGGACCAGCAUGCGAUGUCUUGGACUGCGGCCCUUCCAACUGCACGCUGCAUGGAAUCUGUACAGAAGAGGGAUGUCUUUGUGAUGCUGGCUGGAAGAGCCCCAACUGCAGUGAAGCCUGUGCUCCUGGUUCCUAUGGCGACGGCUGCCUUCAGACGUGCCUCUGCCUCAAUGGUGGUGCCUGUGACCCUGUCCACGGAACUUGCAAUUGCUCAGCUGGCUACCAAGGCACGCAUUGCGAAGAAGUCUGCCCCAGCGGACGGUACGGGCCAAACUGCCAGGAUGCCUGUCCCUGCCCAAACCAGCGUCCUUGUGAUCGGAAGACGGGCAGUUGCAACGUUUCUGCUGAAUGCCCCCUGCCUGACGACGUAGUCACAGGGCAGUGCUUGCUGAAGGCCGAUGAGAAAGGUGCGCUCCUUGCGUUUACAAUUAAGGGAUGGUUUAUAGGAGUCUUAUCUGUGCUGCUUCUGGUUAGCGCCGGGUUCAACAUAAAGCACUUUUGCUGCAGCAGCUCCACAGGCUGGCAGAACUAUAACGAUUACUUCUCCAGGCGUCCCAACAGUUCCCACUAUGAACUAUUAGGGAAAUCAAACAGUUUUCCACUUGCAGGAGGAGAGAAUGAAGACUACACAGAAGACACAGAGACCUAACACAGACGCCUGUGAUCCUUUGAUGUGAGAACCAGCAGGAGGCCCCAUCCAUCACUCUUGUGUGAUGACACACUGUAGCGGAACCUUCCAGAAGGAACUAGUGACUUCCACGUAGAACUUGACUACUGCUCCUCUCAUUGGCCUCGCCUAGGGGCAACGGACCUUUUCCCAGUCCAAGGCCCCAUAUUCCCAUCUGGAAACCCCCAGCAGUGAGCAGGGCCUAAGGCGAAAGAGGGCAGAGCAGUUAACCCAAGUUUUACCUUUUUGUGUACUGUAGGCUAGUUUCCACAAACACACCUCUGUAUCCUCCAUUGCGCUAAGCAAGAGGGAAUAUCAGAGUUAAAGGACACAUUUCAGCUGUCAAAAGAAACAUCUGGGGAAGUGUGGGGCUUGGGGAGAGGGGUUGCGCCGUGAGGAGGGUCCUGACGGACAGAUAAGAGAAGGAUAGAUUUGGCCUCCAGGCCUGAGGUUCUCCACCUCGGACCCAUCCUUUCCAGAAUGAGCCACUGCCCUUCCAGAUGUUUUAGGUUGGGGAAAGAAGUCUAGAAGUUGCUGGAGCUGGCCUUGACCUCUCUGCUGCUCCAGUAAAGGACUCCAAAUAGAAUCCCCUGCGCAUAAAAACAACCACCACAUUACAGUAUGGACUCCAACUCCCAUCACUCUCAGCCACCAUGGCUGAUGGUCACAGAUGAGGCAAGUUGUAGCCCAGCAACAGCAAAAGGGCUGGAGGUUCCCUACCUGUGAUGUGUCAUGAGCCAAAAUGGCUCAUGUAUAACUACCAGUUUUUCCUUGCUGAUAACAGGUGGAUAUAGCCAAAGUGCAGAGUGGGGCUGUUUAAAAGCCUUCUUGCAAACAGCCCUGUGCUGUUUUGCAGAGGCUGCUGCCUUCCUCUCUUUCCCAUGCCCCCUUGACAGCCCAGAUCCGGCCCAAGCCUGUAUGCCUCUGCCCCACUCCCAAUUGGUUUGGGAUCCAGGCUUGGGCCGGAUCCAGGGCUGUCAAGGGGCAGGAGAAGAUUCUGGGUACAUCUUUACUAAUUUCUUUAAGUGGUGGUUGCAGCUGUUGCUGGGAAGACUAAUGGGCUGCUUCAAAAAUAAUGUUAAACCCUAGUUAAAAUUAACUGGCUUGAUGCAAAUGAGCAGUGUGCUGGUUCACAGUGCUCAUUACUUGUAUUGCUCCAGUCUGUGCCAUGCUGGGGGGAGACGUACCAGAGCCUGGUUCAGCAUCACAUGUUGAGAAAGUGCUAAAAGAAUUAAUAAUGAAAAGGGCUUCACUGUGAGGAAUUUUACUUCCAACUCUGGUUAUCAGAGUGCUUGACUCUUAACGCCUUAAGUAUGAUGGCCUAAGUUAGGCCUAUAGCAUACGAUCUUAUGACAAGUUUUUUAGUAAUAUAUUUUGUAAGAUGUAGCUGCGGGUGGGGUUGCCUGCCGGUAAUUUAUUUUAAAGCAGAAAUUAAGCCUGUCUCGGCCUGAAUACAUAAAUCACUUUUUCUUUCUGUUGCACUUUGCCUCUUCCUUCAUAAUGCCAGGGGUCUUUGGCAGCCCAUGUGAAAUGUUGUGCCAUAUUUUAAAUUGUGUGUUUUGUUAGCUUCAAAAGUUGAACAACAAUUGCAGCAACCAUCCAUGUUUGGUGCAGGGAUAUACUUUUUAUACAAUAAAGUGAUAUUUUUUCCUCUUGA